UACUUUUUUAACAAUCUUUGAAAUAUUCACAGUAUUUGAGUUAUUCUAAUCUGUCACUACAGUACACCAUUAAAAAGAGGUUAUGUAAUGUAUGGUAUGCAUUACUUGUAAUUUAUGAAAAACCAUGUGAAAAUCAUUAAUGAAUCAAAACAUGCCAGAAAAUAGCACUAGUAAAAGUCCAAAUAAUAAUAGCAGUGCCGAAACAGACAUUGCACAUGAUGUGUCCAAAAUAGAUAUUGAUCCUGAUUCUAUUUCUGAAGAUAAAUGGAUGAUCAGAGAUUGUCAAGUAUACAAAGAUGAGUAUAAGGAGUGCACCAGCUUCCGGGGCAGGUUCCAGCAGUAUUUUAUAUACGGAGAGUCGCUGGACUGCAACCAGUGGAAAAAGGAUUACAACAACUGCUGUAAAUGGGAGGACAGUAAAGAUCUUAAAGCUGCUAACUCAUUGAUCAAAAGUGAAAGAGCCCGUCGUUUAGAAAGGCUGAGGGCACAUUAUAGAAAUGACACAUGGAAACAGAGAGAUGGUCCACCCCCAGACUGGGACAAGCCACUGCCCGAGUGGAUGGUAAAGCGAGACGAGAACACAUUCCUUGCAGUGAAGGCCAAAGAAAUGAAAGAGGGAAAAGAAAACAUUGAGAAAAGCUUCUGUUCAAUCAUGUGACCCUAGUUUCUUCUUAGAGUAAGUAGCCAAUUAAUAAAGUAUUUAUUGAAUUUACUUUUUGUUUAGUUUUGCAAUGUGUAAUAUAAAUCCCACGUAAAUUCAUAUUUUGUCAGAUACAAUAUUAUAAAUGGAAGACUAAAAUCAAAUGAUAUAUCUUAGUGAUGAAAUAAAUUUAAUUAACAUCCUGUCAA